GUAAUUAUUAUUUCCCUUCAUGGUAUUACGAAUAGGAUUAUCUCGAUGUUUACAACCACGCAUAAUGGUUAUGGGACGACGAAUGCUUACGACAGAAAGGCCCAGGUUUUCGACGAAUCCAUACAGCGAGUCCUUACACAAGCUCAAACAACAAGGCAAGUUAGCGGUCAAAGUGACAGGGUAUACGCUUCUUUCGGUGACGGCAGCAACGGCAUUGAUCUGGCAAUCGUAUCAUUGGUAUAUUGAAUACUGUUCACCCUCACCUCCUGGACUCAACUACAAGGCGCGUCAGUUACUGCAUGGCGCGUAUUUCCGAGAACAGGUGGUACCCGAUCAUCGCAUGGCAGCCGCCUAUUUGGAACAUGUCUUGCAGAUGUUGGAAGAAGAACAAUAUCCGAACCAGGAUGACAUGGUGCAAUUACGGUUACGUUUGGCUUGGAAUGAGACCAUGGCGGGUGAGCUAUUGGAUGCCAUUACUCAUUAUACUCAGGCAUGGACCUCUCUUGUGACAAACAAUAAUAAUAAGAAGAAGAAUGUAGUGAUGAUCACGACAGCACAACAGCUAGGGAACUUGUAUCUCAAGAUCGGUGAUUUAGCCAAGGCAGAGGAAUAUUUGACAUGGGCUUUAUAUGCACUUCAAGAACAACAACAACAACAAAUGACACGGAUGAAGAUAGAUGUGUUAUGCUCUUUGGCCAGUGUCUAUGCCAUGCAACGACAAUUCCAUUUGGCACUUCCAUUGUUUUUACAAGCCUUACAAGCCAUCCCAGAACAAGAAGAAAAUAAAGAUGAACCAUGGUUAUGUAUCAAGGCCAUUCUACAAAAUCAAUUAUGUGAAACCUUUUAUGGUAUGGGCAAGAAAGAUGAAGCAAUGGGUUGGGCACAAGCUGCUUUGAUGUCUUGUUCCGAUGGUUUGGCUACUUAUCCUGAUGUCAAUGAUUGUCGUGAAUGUGGAGCGGUGGUAUCCAAUAAUUUGGGCAAAAUGUUGGAGUUGAAAGGUGAAUUGGAUCAAGCUUGGACGUAUUAUAAACAAGCACUUAUGUAUGCUUCUACCUUGGAUGAUUCGACUUCUCAAAUUCGAUAUAAUGACAAUAUAAAUCGACUAGCAAGAAAGUUGAACAAGGAUCAAGAUACCACUUCUGCUCAAGAUCUCUUACCGAAACAAGAGGAUACUACAAAGAAAUCAAAAACAGGAUGGACUUCAUGGUGGCGUCGUGAUAAUAAUAAUAAUCAAUAGUGUAGAAAAAUAUAGAAUAGUAUAUACAAAAAAGUUGUAUUUUAUUGAAUAAAAAUAAAAAAAAAAAAAACUUUGUGGA